UGCACAAGGAUGCAGCACUGCCCCUAAAUCAGCACUUGAGCUGAAGCGGAUCAGUCAUUGUGCCAACUAUUCAAAUCUUACCCAAUCCACUGAAUUCAAAAUAAUAAUGCCUUUGGGACACUUAGCCAAAGAGGCCAGCCUAGAAGACCUUCUUGAAGCCUGCAUUCAGUCUUUUGAUGCAGAAGGAAAAGUAUGUCAAAACAGCCAGCUGCUACAAGUAAUGCUGACCAUGCACCGAUUUAUCAUCCCUUCCACAGACAUGCUUCGAAAACUAAUUGAUCUCUAUCUGGAUGCUUUAGAAAAGAAAUCUUCUGUGUUUUCUGUAAAGAUAUGCUAUUUUGUAAGGUAUUGGAUUACAGAGUUCAUGUUCAAAAUGGAUUCUAAACUAAUUAAAACUGUGGAGGAGUUGCAGGAACUGGCGAGAGCCAAUGGUGAGGCGUUCCACUGUCGUCUACUUGACACAACUCAAAUAAAUUCUCAGGAUUGGUCCCGGAAGCUGACACAGCGAGUAAAGCCCAACACCAGCAAGAAACGGAAAGUCUCUCUUCUUUUUGAUCAUCUAGAGCCAGAAGAAUUGUCAGACCACCUCACCUACCUUGAAUUUAAGGCUUUCCGAAGAAUAUCAUUUUCAGAUUAUCAGAGCUACAUUAUGAAUAGCUGUGUGAAGGAGAAUCCAACAAUGGAAAGAUCUAUUACUCUUUGCAAUGGUAUCUCCCAGUGGGUACAACUAAUGGUUCUUAGUAGGCCAACACCUCAACUUCGGGCUGAAGUGUUCAUCAAGUUCAUUCAUGUUGCACAGAAGCUUCACCAGCUGCAAAAUUUCAACACAUUAAUGGCAGUAAUUGGAGGUCUCUGUCACAGCUCCAUCUCCAGACUCAAGGAAACAAGUUCUUAUGUUCCUCAUGAAGUCAAUAAGGUGUUUAAUGAACUGACCGAACUGCUUUCAUCUUAUAGGAACUAUGACAACUAUCGACGUGCCUAUAAUGAGUGCACUAACUUUAAGAUUCCGAUUCUUGGGGUCCAAUUGAAAGACCUGAUCUCCCUCUAUGAGGCCAUGCCAAACUACUUAGAGGACAAAAAAAUUAAUAUACAUAAACUGUAUUCUUUAUAUAAUCAUAUAAAUGAGCUGAUACAACUCCAAGAGAUGGCACCUCCCCUAGAAGCUAAUAAGGACCUUGUUCAUCUGCUCACGCUGUCCGUUGAUCUUUACUACACAGAAGAUGAAAUUUAUGAGCUUUCAUAUGCUCGAGAGCCAAGAAGUCACCGAGCUGCACCUUUGACACCUUCCAAACCACCAGUAGUUGUGGACUGGGCCUCAGGUGUUGCUCCAAAACCUGAUCCAAAGACCAUCAGCAAGCGUGUUCAGAGAAUGGUGGAUUCUGUCUUCAAAAAUUAUGACCAUGAUCAGGAUGGAUACAUUUCUCAAGAAGAGUUUGAAAAGAUUGCAGCAAGCUUUCCAUUCUCAUUUUGCGUAAUGGACAAAGACAGGGAAGGUCUGAUUAGCAGGGAAGAAAUAACAGCUUACUUUAUGAGGGCCAGCUCCAUCUAUUCUAAAUUAGGUCUUGGCUUUGCUCACAACUUCCAAGAAACCACUUACUUAAAGCCUACGUUUUGUGACAACUGUGCUGGAUUUCUCUGGGGAGUCAUUAAACGAGGAUAUAGGUGCAAAGACUGUGGAAUGAAUUGUCAUAAGCAAUGCAGAGACCUGGUUGUAUUUGAGUGCAAGAAAAGAUCCACAAGUAUGUCUUCAGAUAACAGCCCAACUUCUUCGUUUGCUUCUAGCCUCUGCCCCAUAGGGGUCAAAGAACAGUUCCAUGGGCAGGAGGAAGGACCAUUUUCAUUUCCUAAUGGAGAAGUGCAUGAACACAAUGAAGACAGUAAGGAUCGAACAAUUAUGCUGAUGGGUGCCUCAGCACAAAAAAUCUCAUUAAGACUGAAACCAGCAGUAGUUCAUAAAGGCACACAAACUGAGGCAGCAUUAACGACAAGUGACGUACCCUUCUGGCUGAUGGAGAAGAAGGAGCAUAGGACACCAUCAGAAAAUAUUUAUCUACAGCCUGCCCCACCAUCACCAUCACCAUGGCCAAGCCCAAUUUUAAGCCGCAAAAAAGGUUAUGUGAAAUGGGAUAACAAAGAAUCCAGCCAGAAAAUAAAAGAAGAGUGGCGCAUUUGCAAACCCUCAUACCAGGAACUUGAACAGGAAAGAAACAUUCUAAAGGCGGAAAAUGAUGCUUUAAAGAAUCAGCUUCAACAGGCACAUAAGACAAUUGAAUCUCUCAGCAUCCAACAAAAAAAUCACGCGCUAGACAACACAAAGCACAGAGACUGCUCUUAGCUAAAAAGACAGGAGUUCUGCUAUGGAAUAAUGUUAAAACUGAGACUUUGGGAGGUGUGACAAGGCUGCUAUAUUCAACUGAACAGGAAAUAAAGACUGAAUGGUUUUAACGAGAGUUAAACUCUCUUAAAUCAACGUAUUUUGCCUGUUAAAUAUACUCCUGAAUGUAUAAAUGUGUUCCUUUUUCUCACACCAUUUUAAAAGAAUUUGGUGUUUUCUGAGCAUUGCAAAAAGCACAUUCUGGGAUCUCUCUUGAGAAGGGCAGUACACAAUUUGAAGUUCACAUUUAUUCUGAAGACAACGAAGGCAAAUUUCAUUCCCAGUAUAGAUCACAGAAUGAUUUGACUGCAAAUAGCUAUCAUUUUUUUGGUCAAGUUUACAGUCCAUAUCUGCAAGUGUUGUGUCAAGGUAUCCCAUCAAGACAACCUCACCCACUCAAAGUUGGUGCAAGUUCAGGUGUGUAAAAAAGCAACUUUUGAUAAAGUUAAGGAUUUGGAUGCUGCCAGAUCUUUUCAAGGGUGCCAUUAGGUAUAAGGAUGUAAGUAAGGUGUUAGGAGAUAAACUAAAUAGCUAAGCACAGGCUCAGGCUUGUUCCUGCGUGGACAACUCUCACAUCCCUACUGCAAGUCCCCCUCUGCAAGUAAAUAAGUACUGUAAUCCAUAAAUCAGUUUUUGAACUUCACAAAAGCUGUGGAGGGGGUCCUCAAGUCCAGUGAGGGGUACCUCAAGUCCAAAAAGGUUGAGAACCACUGCUCUAAGACAUUAGGAAUAAACUGACAUUGUUUAAAAUAUUCCAUUGCAGAACAGUUUUAAGAAGUCUUACUGCUCAAGUGUGGGCCUGUACAAGACUGAAAAUAAUAGUGCCUCAUAGUAGACUAAAAGAUUUAACAUUUGAGCAUUGCUUCCUCUUAUGCAUUCCAUGCUUCUUGGGUCAGGUAGCACUGCUGGCUUGCUAGUUAAACAGAUUUUAUCCACAGGAUGGUGAGUAUAAUGUUGGACAUUUUUCCAGCAUUUAAAUCUUUGGUGCAUGAAAGUACAAUAUAUUCCUAUAUUAUUUCAUUAUUUAAGCAUAAAAUAUUAAUAAUCGCAUUGAGGAAGGAACAAAAUACUUUCUUCCUAUGAGCAGUUCACUGUCAUGGUAUCCAACUGAACUUUUGCUAUAGCUUCAAUUAUUUAUGAUUUCUGGUGCAGUUGGCAGCUAAGGACAACCAUUAGGUCUUUAUUGUUUGCACAGUGCUUUGAAGUAACAUGCAAUUACUUCUGCAUGUUUGUUGAAAGUUUGUUGGCCUAAACAAACUGCGUAUGUAAUGGAGCAAUUUUGAGAAGCCAGGCUGUAGCAGGAUGUUGUGUGAACAUUUUUGGGAAUUUCAGGUGAUGCUGUUAUGAGUACCUUUGCUUGCUAGAGAUUCUAAGGUCACAGGAUCAUGGAGACCCAUUGCACCCACAGAGAACCUCCCUUCCUUUAUCCUUAUGUGCAGCUUUUUGGGAACAAGAUCUGGGGAUCUUUCAUUUCUCCAUAUUUCCCUGAGCAGUUCAAGGAACUCAGGACCAUUCCCCCCCUAGUAUUUAAGAAGCUUGUCUGAGAAAGACAUGGCAAGUGGGAUAGAGGCAUAUACUUCAUGCUGUUAUGCUACUGGACUUCUUCCCUUUUUGUCUCUCUUGGAAAUUGCAGAGGCUUGGUGUUUCCUGCAUCCCUUAGAGUUGUCCCUUUGCCCCUAUUCCCUUUUGAAUGGAAUGAUCAUAGAUUCACAGAUUGUAAGACUGGAAGGAACCUCAGAAGAUCAUUGGGUCCAGCCCCUUGUA